GCUUUCAAAUAAAAGAAUUAAAAUAAAUGAGAAAAGCUUGAAGUACGGGAGCCCCGGAGUGUAUAGACUGGUGAUUUAAACAAUACAAGUUGGAAUAAGAAAUCAAUUUUACAGUGCUUUUUGAAUAGAAGCGGUCCUGAUUUCGCUCUUCUAACCAAGAAAAUUUUUUAAAGCCUUUUUGACAAUUUUAUCAACAAGUUGUUGAAGACUAUAAUCAGAUUUAAGAAAAAAUCCGAGAAAGAACAGUGCUACCGACAUCAGACACUUUGUAAAGAUGGAUUUUAAAGAUUUUAUUCAUACUGUCCUAGAAAUUAUAUUUGUUGACAUAAAGCUGUAAAGAUUUGAAUGGUAAGUCGUCAGAUUUUGUUGCUAUGGUAAUUAGGUAAUUUGUUUCACUAUUACUUAAAAAGCCUCUGAAGAAAAAGUGAGUUUGAUUCGCUGUUAACCAACGGAUAGUCCUGCUUUGAUAUGAAUUUUUAGACUGUGAAGAGCAAACAAGGAUUGUUGUUUUUUCACCACGCGAAGGUAGAGAAGUCCAGCCAAAACGUGUUCUUGCAAACAAUAGAAAAAACGUUUUUCUUUGACACGAAACACAUGUAUUUACCUCGAAAACAUAAAUUUAUUCAAGAUUGGAAUUUAUUGAAGUUUAUGGAAGAUAAAAUUUAUUGAGGACAGAUCAAAUAUCAAGAGAUCAAUUUUCAAGACGUUUUCUUAAAGUUCAUACAUAGGUUAAAAAAAGAGCAUUGCAAAGGAACCAAAUUUAUAGUUGCAAAAAACUUUACGUAAAUGUAUUUAUACACCACCCGCGUUUUGUUUACAGCAUUAUUCUAUGUAUGGUGUUGUAACACUUCUUUGGGGUUCUAUCGUAUUGUUGAAACUAGAUAUCCAAACGGAACUGGAUACGGGAGGAUAGACCGUGAGGAAAUCAUCAUACAGAAUACUAAUGAUAAAGAUGUUUCCAAAACAACUAAAGCAGACAAUGGGGAAAUAGUAACUACGUAUUCUUUGGAAAAGCUAAAUCCUGGUAUAAGAAUCUUCAGAAGACAACAAGGUUUGUUAAAACAGACAAAGCGAAGAAUGAAGAAAAGGCGUCGGUGUCAAGCAGACAAAGAUUGCAGUGGUGUAAAAAGAUGCAAUAGAUACAAUCGACUUUGUGAACGAUGUCGUAUUUUUAAUGAACUUUGCAGAAGAGAUGCGAACUGCUGCGCAGGACGGAAAUGUAUGUGGGGAAGAUGUCGGAAUGCAAAACACGACGGAACCGAGAUGAGCAUCUGUCGUCAUGAUAGAAACUGCUCGAAGGGAUAUUGUUGUGCGCGAGAACACGGUCAGAGUGUUUGUAAGAAAUUCCUCGCAGAAAAUGAAAGCUGUGAGAGAACCGCUGGAGGAUUGAUGUUUAGCAUUCACCAUAGCUGUCCUUGCAGACGAGGAUUAUAUUGCAAGAAGAAACCAAAGACGAGCGGUAGAAUAUGCAUGAGGUGAAAACCACCUGGUUAAAGUGGAAGAUUCAAAUUUAAUGGAAUUUAGUGCGUGUGUGUGUGUGUGUGCCCCGCUGUGUCAAAGAGGGCGUGAGAGGGCGUGAAAAAUCAACGAUGUCGUCAAAUAACCGAAGACAAAAGUUGACGGAAGCAGAUUUCAGUGUAGAUAUAAACGAUGAGUCAGCAAAAAAAUGUUAAUAAAGAACACGAGAACAAUAAAGUAAAUUAAAAAAAACAGCAGUUAUAAUAUAAUUUUGUAAAGUAGAUAAUUAGAAAGACUAUUUAUUAGAUAAAACAACGAAAUUAAGAAGAGAAUAGUCUUGAUGUGUUAACCUCGUUCCCGAAGUCCCUUGCUCAAAGCCUUUACCGCAACCUUGUCCACCCUAACAAGUCAUGGAGACUUACUUUAGCGCGUUUUCUGGUUACCGCUUAUAGAAUAUUUCUAGCAAAAAUUGGUUUUAUUUUUCUCCAAUACUAAGAAAGUAGGACAUACUUGUGGCCCAAAAAAGAAUCUUACAUUAUGGCAAAAGUUCUAUUUAAAAGAAGUCUCUUAUACCUUGUAAAAGACUCAAAAAGACCGAGAAAUAUCUGUUCCACUCCUAACCCGUAAAAAAUUAAUCCAUUUAAUGCUUUUUU